UUUUCUCCUUUUAUCAUUACUUGUUAAAUUAGAUAUUAUGGCUCGUUCAAGACAGACUCGUCGUGCUGGUGGACCUACUCAACAAACUCGUCGUGCUCAUACUAUGCCUACUAGACAAGCACCACCUCCUCCUCCUCAACAUCACCAGCAACAUACCCCCAUGCAACAUCAGUCAGCUCCCUCACCUACUGUCGCUCAACCUAGACAACCAGGCUUAUUUUCUCAAAUGGCUUCAACUGCCGCUGGUGUCGCUGUAGGUUCAGCUGUUGGUCAUACAAUGGCUAAUGGUGUUUCUUCUAUGUUUGGUGGUAGUGAUGCUCAGCAGACAGAGCCUCAACAACAACAACAGACAUAUCAACAACCUAUGGUUUCUCAAACACAGACUGGAGGCGCUUCUUGUGAAGCUGAUGCCAAAGCCUUUACACAAUGUCUUGAAGCUACCAACAAUGAUAUGUCUGCUUGUAAAUGGUACUUGGAUGCAUUAAAACAAUGCCAACAAAUGGCGUCACAGUAUUAAAAUCUUAAUUAUUUAAUAAAUCAA